GCCUGUCGGCUGUUGUUCAUCUCUCUCUUUUCUACGUCCUCCUUCUCUCUCCCUUUCCAAGAACUAUGUCUCUGCAGGGAUUAGGCAAAGGCGCGCUGCGCGUAGCCAAGAACUAUACUAAGGGGUAUUCCGAUGUGCAGGCGAAAGUGAGAGAUGCCACAAGUAACGAUCCCUGGGGCCCAUCGGGGUCGCAGAUGAACGAGAUCGCCCAGUUGACAUAUGACCAAAAUCACUUUGUGGAGAUUAUGGAGAUGCUGGAUAAGCGGCUGAACGACAAGGGCAAGAACUGGCGGCACGUGUGGAAGAGUUUGACCCUGCUCGACUACCUCAUCCAUGCCGGCUCCGAGAACGUAGUCAUCUACUUCAAGGAUAAUCUCUAUAUCGUCAAGACACUCAAGGAGUUCCAGUUCAUUGACGAGUACGACAAGGAUCAGGGAGCGAACGUGCGGCAGAAAGCAAAGGAUAUCUCGAACCUUUUGAUGGACGACGAGCGGCUGAGGCGGGAGAGGCGCACCAGAAGGGAUAUGAGAGAUCGUCUGAUUGAAGGCAGGAGUGGGGGUGGCCCAGAAGACCAAGACGAGAACAGGCGUAGAAGGGAAGAGGGACCAUCGCCAACUGCAAGGGGGGGCAGAAGGCAAGGGACCGGAGAAGACGACGAUUUGCGCCGUGCACUGGAGUUGUCUAAGCAGAGCGCAGUAGACGAGGAUACCAAGCGUCUGAAGGCUCGAGAGCAGGACGAGCUCCAGCGUGCCCUUGCGCUCUCCAAGGAAGAAGCGGAUAACGUUGCCCGCUCGGCCCCAACCAACGGGGAGUUAUUCAACGUCUCCGAGUCCUCUUCCCGCCCCGCGCUGUCGAACCCGACCGACCUCAUUGACCUCUCCCUCGCGGCGCAACCUACUGUCCAGCCCCAGCUCACCGCCUUCAACGCAAACCCAUAUUAUGCCCAGUUGGCCGCGCAGCAGCAGGCUGAGCAACAGGCGUGGAUGCUCCAGCAGGCUCAGGCACAAGCACAGGCGGAGGCUCAGGCGCAAGCACAGGCUCAGGCUCAGCAGCAGCAGUGGGCGCAGGAGCAGAUGAUGUUGCAACAGCAGCAGGCGCAACAACAGGCGCAGCAGCAAGCCGAAUGGGAGAGGAUGCAGAUGAUGAUGCAGCAGCAACAACAGCAACAGCAAAUGCCGACUGGCUUCCCGGGUCUCGCGCCCCAACCCACAGGCUUCGGUUCGAAUAAUCCAUUUGCCCCCACCUUUGGUUCUCCCACCGCCACGCCCACGCCGCCCGUACCCUCCCUCAGUGCAAGUCUCUCAAGCUAUUCGCAGAAUCAGCUGCAAAGCCCCGUGCUGGAAUCGGAGAGGAGUCACUCCGCGCCGGGUCUUAGGGUCAAGGCGAGCGAUACCGCCAACCCCCAGCUCGCGGCAGCCUUUGCCAACCGCGACCAAGACGGCAUGGACACCUUCGGAAAUCUCGGCAACCUGCGUUAUGGUGGGACUCAGUAUGGCCGCGCCGUCGCCGCGCAAACUACAGGCAUGCCAGGAUCGCACAAUCCCUUUGGGCAGUUCAAGCAGCAGGGUGGGGCAGACCAGCCGUUCUUCAGCAUCUAGACUUCCUCGCUCUCUUCUCCCUCUCCGCUCCAGAUUGAUGUUUGCGUGUUGCUCAAAGGGUCAAAGGAACGGAAGAUCUCGUAUACCCACACGCUUUACGAACCAAUAGUCGUUGCCAAGUAUCUUUAUGCCAGACCUCAGAGAGGUUGUCACAUUGUCUUUU